CUCAUCUUGAGCAGCCCAGGAUAUUCCUGCCCCAAUAGGCCCGGCCAUGGCCUCUACACGCAUCGUCCAGCUGCAGUCGCUCAAGCCCGAUCUCCAUGAACGAGCCUGGGUAUCGAUACCGCAUCCUAGCCUCCCUCUAAUCGCAACCGCCCACGGCAAAAAUGUCACUGUCUUCUCUCUAUCGACUCUCUCUUCCCAUAGCGCCUUGACCGACGGCCACGCGCGAUCCAUCCGAAGCGUCGCCUGGAAACCUGCACUGCCGCCACAUGAGCUGUGCCUCAUCUCGGGCAGCUUCGAUUCUUCCGCCGGCGUCUGGCGCUGGAACAAGGGCGGCAACGAGGACGACGGCGAUGGUCUGGGCCAGGACAUGUCAAGAGGGCCCGCGGGUGACGAAGCCGCCAAGUCUGGCGAAUGGGACUAUAACCUUGUGCUAGAGGGCCACGAUUCCGAAGUCAAGUGCUGCGCGUUUAACCCGUCGGGCAACUACCUUGCGACCUGCUCGCGCGACAAGUCCAUCUGGAUAUGGGAGGACAUUGCCAGCUCCGAAUCCGAAGACGACUGGGAGACGAUCGCCGUUCUCAAUGAGCAUGAGGGAGACGUCAAAGCCGUAGCCUGGUGUCCCGAUGUGCCUGGGCGCAACAGCGUUGGGCAGCGAUACUACAGCGUCGAUGUUCUUGCCAGCGCCAGCUACGAUAACACAGCUCGAAUCUGGCGCGAGGACUCGGAUGGAGAAUGGGUUUGCGUAGCUGUUCUUCAAGGACAUGAAGGCACCGUCUGGGGCGUAGAGUGGGAACCAAAGCCGAGAGACAAUCGAUUCCCCAGACUCUUGACAUUCUCUGCUGAUGAGACAAUACGCGUGUGGACGCUUGAGCAAGGACAAGACAACGCUGAUGGGGAGGGCCCAGCGAUGGCUCAGGGCCUGGGUGGUAUACCAAGCACGAUGCGAAGGUCCUUCAAAGAGCAGUGGAACUGCACGGCUGUGCUCCCCAAGGUGCACGACAAGGAUGUGUAUUCAGUCACAUGGAGCGCUGAAUCUGGCCUCAUCGCCAGCACUGGGAGUGACGGUGUUAUUGCUUUAUACAAAGAGGAAGAAGCUGCUGCUCCAUUAGACCCCCCGGCAGUCUCCGAGGAUAAAGCCUCGGAUGGCAAUGCAACCUUGAUUGACAAUGACUCUGUUGCUAGCGGGCCACAAUGGCAGCUACUGACCACAUUGCCUAGUGCUCAUGGACCAUACGAGAUCAAUCACAUCACCUGGUGUAGGCGAUAUGAUGCAGGCUCAACAAGGAAGGGAGAAGAAGAAAUGCUGGUAACAACAGGCGACGAUGGACUGGUUCAGUCAUGGCGGGUUGAUGUUGGAUCUUCAUAGCAAGAAUAGGUGUUCCAUGUGUAUAUAUUGUAAUAUAAAUAGAAGCGAUUAAGCUAGAAAGCUGCCCUGCCCAACACCAAAUAUUAUUGCAUCAUUCUAUUGAAUACAGUAAAUCCCAUCCCAUCCCAUUAAACUAUGUUUUACAUCAAAGUCCAUUUACGCACGUAUUCUGCAGUCCUUUUCAUUUACACUGGUCUUUUCCAAAUAUCAAUUCAUGUAUCGCCAAACACGAAUAUGCCUUUACCUUUUCUGAAGCCCUGAAGGCCUUUCUGCACUUCCUCCGUCAGAGUAGAAGCCUCGGUUUCCCAGUUCCACGCCACUUCAUCCAGAGGAACGUCUUGGAAUUUACCCUCGCGGAUACUAUCCACGAUGUAAUCAGUCAUGUGUCUGCGCCCGGUGGGAUCCUGUUGAUUCCAUCGCGAAAGCCAGAAGCCAACAAAGCGGAUAUCUUUGAAGAUGAGCAACCCCACAGGCAGAGCAACAGGCUGCCUAGCCAUGCCUCCAUACGACACCAUUGUGGCGCCCUCACCGAGCGAUCGAGCAAGAGCCGUGGCAGAUUUGCCGCCGACGCAGUUCAGACCAAGCCCAAUCUGCUCGCGGCCCUUGUUUGUGAUUUCCGCCAGCUGGUCUUUCCACUCCCGAGAUAAGAACUGUGUCUCCGUCACAACGGCAUCGGCGCCAAGACCCGUGAGUUCUUUUUUCAAUUCUUCCGUCGCCUCGGGAGAGCUUCGUUCGCGAAUGACGUUGAUGCUCCUGAGGCCCCAGAGCUUGCCAAACUGUAUGGCCGCUCUGCCCACGCCGGAAUUGGCGCCGUUCUGGAUAAACCACUGGCCGCUGCCCACCUCGAGCGG